CUUAAAACAGUAUCGUUUGCUGUUCCUCUUCCGUCCCCAAAGCGGGAAAAGCAAAAGCCCUACUGAGUAUUGACGCGGGACUGCCUUUCUGAAAAACAAGACAUCCAUGGCGCCACUGGUUCAGAGCUCUCAACCAUGGGUCGAAAAAUAUCGGCCGAGGCAAGUGAAAGAUGUGGCGCAGCAGGACGAGGUGGUCCGAGUCCUCACCAAUACCCUCGAGACAUCAAAUUGUCCUCACAUGCUCUUCUAUGGUCCGCCGGGUACCGGAAAAACCACCACCGCUCUCGCCAUCGCUCACCAGCUUUUCGGACCUGAACUCUACAAGUCUAGAGUGCUGGAGCUCAAUGCAAGUGAUGAUCGUGGGAUCAAUGUUGUUCGGACAAAGAUCAAAGAUUUUGCUGCUGUUGCUGUGGGUCGUAAUCAACGUCCAGGGGGUUACCCGUGUCCACCAUUUAAGAUCAUAAUCCUUGACGAGGCAGAUUCAAUGACAGAAGAUGCUCAGAAUGCCCUAAGACGUACAAUGGAAACUCACUCCAAAGUCACCCGAUUCUUUUUUAUAUGCAAUUAUAUCAGCAGGAUCAUAGAGCCACUUGCUUCGAGAUGUGCAAAGUUCAGGUUUAAGCCACUUUCAGAAGAUAUCAUGAUCACCCGCGUAUUGCAUAUUUGCCAAGAAGAAGGCCUUAACCUGGAUCCAGAGGCCCUGUCAACACUAAGCUCUAUCUCACAAGGUGAUCUUCGUCGGGCUAUUACAUACUUGCAGUCAGCUGCUCGCUUAUUUGGAUCUUCUAUUUCUUCAAAGGAGCUGAUUAGUGUGUCUGGGGUAGUCCCGGAGGAAGUUGUCGAGGCAUUCUUCUCUGCAUGCAGGGGUGAUAACUUUGACUUGGCAAACAAGGAAGUCAACAAUGUAAUUGCAGAGGGAUAUCCAGUCUCUCAAAUGCUUUCACAGUUAUUUGAGGUGGUGGUUCAGGCAGAUGACAUAUUAGAUGAACAGAAGGCUAGAAUAUGCAAGAAAUUGGGCGAAGCAGAUAAGUGUCUUGUGGAUGGGGCUGACGAGUACUUGCAGCUGCUUGACGUGGCCAGCAGUAUGAUGCGAGCUGUUUGUAACAUGCAGGAAGAUUUCUCUUAGGAAUGCUGAGCUAGUUUUCGGGUUAGUUUCAGAACCCAAAUGCAGAUUGAUCCGUAUGCGGCUAGAUCUGGUAGAACCAAGAUGCUUAAAUUCCGAAAAAAUUGUUAUGUUGUGAAAUAGACCAACCACUUGCUGAUAGUUAUUUUCGGCUUAACACGCCAUAGCUAAUUAAUUGGAAUUAGCAGAGCAUUAGGUGGAAAACAUGAUUAAGGGGUAAUGAUUAUGAUUUCUAGAAGAAACAUGAUUUGAGUCCUUUCACGUUUGGACAAUGAAACGGCCGGUCACCCUUAUUGGAAAUGUA